AUGAAAUACAUUACACUUAUGAGACUAUUCAAUGACACCAACACAUGGACAAAGCUUAGAAUGGUUUCUGAAAUGGCCAGAUUAUUCGACCCUCUAGGGCUCAUAGGGCCAGUUGUGGUUCAAGCAAAAAUUCUUGUGGUUGAACUGUGGUGCGAAAAAAUUGGUUGGGACACCAAGCUACCAGAUAUCCACCAUAAAAAAUGGGAAGGGUAUUACAACCAUUUGAUAUAUGUAAAGGAAAUACGAAUAAACCGUCGAGUACUCCAAGUGAGUGAACCCACUGAUCUUCAAUUGCACAUAUUCUGCGAUGCAUCUGAAGCCGCAUAUGGAGCCUGUGUCUACAUUAAAAGCAAGGGCAGAGAUAAUGUCAUCAGCUGUGAACUAUUGUGCUCACGAUCCCGUGUAGCACUACUAAAGGUUACCGCCAUACCACGCCUUGAACUCUGCGCUGCUCUACUGGCGUUGCGUCUCUCAAACAAGAUCACUGCAGCUGUACCGCUUACAUUUUCAAAACGUGUGAUCUGGAGUGACUCUACCAUAGCCCUGGCAUGGAUUAAAAAUCACCAAGGCAUCAAUGACAACCCAGCCGACCAUGCCAAUCGAGGCUUAAAUUAA